CAAGACAAUGCACCUUGGCAUGGACGAUGAACAAGCAAGAUGCCCCGCACUGAAGCUCUCCGACAUCACAUAUGAACAUUCACUGGAGUUUUACCAAAUCAUCGACACCUCACAGCAGUCCCCGUUGAUCAACAUGUCAGACAUCAAAUCCUAUACCAUCUCCGUCCCACACUCGAAACUCGACCGCCUGCACCAAAAACUCGCUGUGGUCGAUCUCCCAGACGAGCUCGAUGAUGCAGGCUGGGAUUACGGCGCGUCUCUGCCCGAAGUCAAGAAACUAAUCACAUACUGGCAAAACGACUAUGACUGGCGCAAGCACGAAGAAAAACUGAAUGAGCUACCAAACCACGUCACCGGCAUUGAGGUCGAUGAAUUUGGCGAACUGCAGAUACAUUUUAUCCACCAGAAGAGCUCGGUUGAGAACGCAGUGCCUCUUUUGUUUUGUCAUGGAUGGCCUGGAAACUUCACAGAGGUGACCAAAGUAUUGCCUCUACUGGCUGACACCAAGGACGGCGCCCCUGCUUUCCAUGUCGUUGCACCUUCGCUUCCCAACUUCGGUUUCUCAGAGGGCGUCAAGAAGCGAGGGUUUGGUCUUGCGCAGUAUGCAGAGGUCUGCCAAAAACUCAUGCUGAAGCUGGGCUACAAGCAGUAUGGAGGGGACUGGGGUUUCUGGAUCACACGAACCAUGGGUCAUCUGUUCCCAGAAGCAUGCAAGGCCUCACACGUCAACAUGACUCCCCCAGCCAUGGACACCGAUCUCAAAGCCGCCCUCAAUGACAAGUCGUCAUUUAGCGAANAAGAGUAUGCCUCUCUACAACGCCUGGCCAAGUUCCGCGAAGACGGCGCCGGCUACAGCCAUGAGCAAUGCACUCGACCACAAACACUCGGCUACGGACUCCAAGACUCUCCCGUCCUCUUGCUUUCCUGGAUUGUCGAGAAGCUCCAUGAAUGGACCGAUGAGUACCCCUGGACUGCUGACGAAAUCUUGACUUGGGUGUCUUUGUAUUGGUUCUCUUCUGCGGGCCCUGCAGCCAAUGUGCGCAUCUACUAUGAAGCCAAGCAUGAUGCAAAGGGCGGUGAUGACACGAGUGCUAUGAUGACGGCGACUGGUCAUGUCCCUCACGUCAAACUGGGUGUCAUGUAUAACUGGAAAGACAUGGAGACGUCUCCGAAGGCGUGGGUGAGGAACAUGGGAACAGUGGUAUUCGAGGCCGAGCAUGACAGCGGUGGUCACUUUGCUGCCUGGGAGAAGCCUGAGCACAUGGCCAGGGAUCUUAAAAACAUGUUCCGCAAAGGUGCUGAAGCUGCUGAAGGCUUGGGCAAUGCGAAUGGCUAUAAGGAA